ACUAGUUCUUCAAGUUGCCCAAAUCUCCAAAUUGCCAGAUGGAAUCGCGGCCAUUCGUGAGCUUCUCUGAUGGAGAACCAACAACCGGGGCCGCAGACCGCCGUCACGCCGCCGGCGCCGCCGAACGAGGUCAUGGAGCUCGAUCUCGUCGACGUGGACGCCGCUUCUUGGCCCUUUGAUAGUAGCGGUUUUCAAGGGAACUCGUUGUCUUCGUUCCUUCUCUCGCCGUCGCCUCCGUUUUCUCAGGGUCUCUCACAACUCCCCUUCCCUCCUCCUGGUUCGCCUCUUUGGUUCUUUGAGGAUCGAGCUGCUGAGAUCUCCGCUGACUUGUUGUCUUCCACUAGAUCUCUCCACUCCGAGCACCUCGCCUCUCGUGCAUCUCCAGGGGAUUCUGAGACUGUGAAUGUAAACAAUAAUGGGGAGGCUGGAAGAGCGAAGCAACCUCAGUUGCCUCAUGUGGAGGGGGUUUCUGAUAGUUCAUUCUUAAUCAAGGAACGGAUGUCACAAGCACUCCGGUACUUCAAAGAAUUGACAGACCAGCAUGUUCUUGUUCAGGUCUGGGCUCCUGUUAAGGACGGGGACAGACAUGUUCUCACAACCUCCGGGCAGCCCUUUGUUCUUGACCCACAGAGCAUCGGGCUGCUGCAGUACCGGACUGUGUCUUUGAUGUAUAUGUUUUCAGUUGACGAGGAGAGUAAUGGAGUGUUGGGAUUGCCGGGGCGGGUUUAUAGGCAGCAGCAGCCAGAGUGGACUCCUAAUGUGCAAUACUAUAGCAGCAAAGAGUAUCCUAGGCUUAAUCAUGCCCUUUAUUAUGAUGUUCGGGGGACAUUGGCAUUGCCAGUUUUCGAUUCAUCUGGUAAAUCUUGUGUUGGUGUUGUUGAGAUGAUAAUGACGUCGCAGAAGAUCAAUUAUGCUCCUGAUGUUGAUAAAGUCUGCAAAGCUCUUGAGGCUGUAAAUCUGAAGAGUUCUGAAAUCAUGGAUCACCCACGUGUUCAGAUAUGUAAUGAAGGUCGCCAAGCUGCUUUUGCUGAAAUUCUUGAGAUUUUAACUGCAGUUUGUGAGACACACAAGUUGCCUUUGGCUCAGACUUGGGUUCCUUGUAGGCAUCGCAAUGUGCUAGUUCAUGGUGGUGGGUUGAAAAAGAAUUGUUCUAGCAUUGAUGGAAGUUGUAUGGGGCAAGUGUGCAUGUCAACUACUGAUGUGGCAUUUUAUAUCAUUGAUGGUCACAUGUGGGGAUUUAGGGAUGCCUGUGUGGAACAUCAUCUUCAGAAGGGGCAAGGGGUAGCUGGCCGGGCAUACAAGGCCCGCCAAGCAUGUUUCUCUAGGGAUGUUACCCAAUUCAGUAAAACUGAGUAUCCUCUUGUACACUAUGCCAAAUGGUUUGGAUUGAGAAGCUGUUUUGCUAUAUGUUUACAAAGUUCUGAAUCAGGGAGCGAUGAUUACAUUUUAGAGUUCUUCAUGCCUGUUGACUUGAACAGCUCUACAGACCAACAGGCUUUGUUGGACUCAAUUUUAACUACAAUGAAGCAGCAUUGUCGUAGCUUGAAGUUUGCAGCUAAUACAGAAUUACCUGAUGGUGGAGUAUUUGUUGAAAUCAUUAACAUGUCUGCAACAGAUGCAAAUGGAGAUGCAGAAGUACUGGAAGGAUUAAAGAUUGAACUCAGUGGCAUGCUUUCAACUGAGGAAAAUGCAGUAAAAGCUCAUCUUAUUGGUGGCCCAGGAAAGGAACUAUCUCAUCAUGCAUCCUGUGGAACAUAUCCUAGCCCCCUUGAUGAUUUACCGUAUGAUGAAAAUGUUAUACCUGAUACGGAUGCGCAAGAGCAGCCUUUUGUGACUGAUGAUGAUGUUGGUAAAGAAAGCAACCAAAUUAUUAAUUCAGAUGGAUGUGGAACCUCUAAUUCCAGUGCAGGUGACAAAUCAAAAAAGAAAACUGAAAGGAGAAGAGGCAAAGCUGAGAAAUCAAUCAGUUUAGAUGUUCUGCAACAUUAUUUUGCCGGGAGCCUGAAAGAUGCAGCCAAGAGCCUUGGUGUUUGUCCUACAACCAUGAAGCGCAUUUGUAGGCAACAUGGGAUAUCUCGCUGGCCAUCUCGCAAGAUCAACAAGGUCAACCGGUCUCUUUCCAAGCUGAAACGAGUAAUUGAAUCUGUUCAAGGUGCAGAAGGAACUUUUAACAUUACCUCUCUUACAUGUCCAAUUCCUGUUGCUGUUGGCUCCAUUUCUUGGCCCGCUGGUUUGGGUUGUUCUAAACAGAAUGGUGCUCCUGAGGAAAAAGAAUUGUCUCCACAUCACUCACCGGAAAGAGAUGAUCAUCAUAACAAGCUUCUUGUUCACCAGAAACUCAUUUCCAAUCAAACUGGCUCUCAGCCAGAGCCUGGUCAACAUGCUGAUUCUUCAAAAUCUAGAAGCUCUUCUGGAGAACCAAGCGGGAACUCUCAUACGUCACAGGGUUCAUGUCAGGGAAGUCCAAUCAAUGAAACAUGUCUGGGUGUUCCUAUUUCUCCAUUGAACCUAGAACAACAGCUGAAUACAGUUGAUUGCUUGGGAUCCCAACCAAAUGCGGCUGCAUUAUGUUCAAUGCCUGAUGCGGCGGAAAUAGCAGAUCAAUUACCACUUCUUGGUGGAAUGCUGAUUCAGGAUUCAGGUAGUUCUAAAGAUUUGAAACUUCUCUUUACUACAAUGGAGGGGUGUCCAGAUGAGCAAGUGAACGCAAGUAACAAUAGUCUUUCCCAGCCUGCCGCAGUACAAGAUUCGAGAACUGUUACCAUUAAGGCAAGUUACAAAGAAGAUAUUAUAAGGUUUCGGUUGCCAUGCAACGCAGGUGUUGUGGCUUUGAAAGACGAAGUUGCCAAACGACUGAAAUUAGAGAAUGGUUUGUUUGAUAUUAAAUAUCUGGAUGAUGAUCAUGAGUGGGUAGUACUAGCUUGUGAUGCAGAUUUGGAGGAGUGUAUGGAGAUUGCAAAAUUGUCAGGAGGUCGUCUGAUCCGGCUUGCUGUUCAUGAUGUUGUGGUAGUCCUUGGAAGCUCGUGUGAGAGCUCUGAAUAAGGUCUAGCCAUCAAACUGUUUUUCUGUUAGACUGUACUAGCAAGUGUACAAUUUUUUUAGUGAACCUACUUCCUUUGUAUCAUUUGUGAGAGGUUAAUAUGAAUAAAAUCUAGUUUCCAUUGUUUGGUGCCUUCCGUCAA